ACCAAGAGAGAGAGAUCUAGAGAGGGAUGGGGCGAGGGCCGUGCUGCGAGAAGGUCGGGCUGAAGAAGAGGCCAUGGACGCCCGCAGAAGACAUGAAGCUCACAGACUACAUCCAGAAGCAUCGUCUCGAGAAUUGGCAUGCUAUCCCCAAACUAGCUGGUUUACUUCGAUGCGGGAAGAGCUGCCGCCUAAGGUGGAUUAAUUACCUUCGGCCUGAUAUAAAGCGAGGCAACUUCACGCAAGAGGAAGAGGCGACCAUCAUCAAACUUCAGGAGUUGAUGGGGAACAAAUGGUCUAAAAUCGCCUCAUGCCUCCCUGGGAGGACCGACAACGAGAUCAAGAAUGUGUGGAAUACACACUUGAAGAAGAGACUGGCACCAAAAGAAUCCAGUCCUUCAAGCAACAAGACUAAAGACCCAAAUCCAAGCUCGCCCUCCAAAUCCAGCAUUUCAUAUGUCAAUGAUGAUAAUAUAAAAAAUUUAGAAAAGAACAACUCGUUGAAGGUGGAAUCCAGUCGAGAUUUGGCGAACUUAAUGACUGAAAUCUUCAUGGAACCAGAUCAAUGCAACAUGCGAAUAGAAGGACAUGAACCUUCAGUGGAUGACUGUAGAGAGUCUUCAAGCAUCUCUUCAUUGGAAUCACACAUAACAUCCUGUGAGGGCAAGAACAACCAGGAUUGCUUAAUCCAAGUACCUGAAAUCCCCAUCGAUUCAGAAAUUUGGAGCAUGGUAGAUGAUGAUUCCUGCUUCCUUACUCCUGAGGUGGGUCCAGUGGUGGAAGAUGGAGCUCACAACAAUGCAACAAGCUCUAUAGGAGAUUCAAAAGGGGAGGGUGAGACCAAGGGAUGGUUGGGUUGCUUGGAGGAAGAGAUUGACUUGUGGGGAACAAUGGAUGCCAAUGCGGUCAAGCAACUUGGUCCAUGGGGAUGUCAUGGUGGGGUCGUGGAGGAGUUUGAUCCGGUCUCGCUGUUAUUGUCGAAAGAGACCCUGCCUACGUUUUGCCACGAAUCUUGUGCGUCAGGUCCGUCAAUGCGAUGACAUCAGCUGUAGAUUGGUUGCAAAAGCUGUAUGGUGAUCAAAACUAUACCCAACUUUUGCACGAGUCAAUGUUGUAGGUAACAUAUUCGCUCGAAUCAAUUAUAACCAUCAUAUUGAGUAUCUUGUCAUAGUGGUAUCGUCAUCCUAUCGUCAUCGUUGCAUCAACAAUAAUAUCAUCAUCUCUCUC